CUUUGUCACUUUCAACAGCUGGGUGGAACUCUGACAAAAAAAAAUUGCUUCAAUGACAUUUUGUGUAGGGAUGGCAGCCUGAGCGCCAGAUUAAACCGCCGCAGUGUCAGGAGUGGAUUUUCUCUUCUGGACCAUGGAUUUUAACGUUAAACGUUUAGCGGCAGACGCCGGUACUUUUCUGAGUCGUGCAGUACAAUUUACAGAAGAGAAGCUUGGACAGGCUGAGAAAACUGAGCUGGAUGCCCACUUGGAGAACCUGCUGGUCAGAGCUGAGAACACCAAGCAAUGGACAGAGAAGAUCAUGAAGCAGACAGAGGUUUUACUACAGCCUAAUCCAAAUGCAAGACUGGAAGAAUUUGUGUACGAGAAGCUGGAGAAAAAAGCCCCCACACGCAUGAACAACCAUGACCUGCUGGGUCAGUCCAUGAUGGAUGCAGGAAGCGACUUUGGUCCUGGGACUGCUUACGGAAACGCUUUGAUAAAAUGUGGCGAGACGCAGAAGCAGAUCGGCGGUGCCGAGCGGGAGUUCAUCCAGAGUUCUGCCAUCAACUUCCUGACGCCUUUUCGAAAUUUUCUAGAGGGCGACUUUAAAACCAUCCUGAAAGAAAGAAAGCUUCUACAAGUGAAACGUUUGGAUCUAGAUGCAGCCAAAACGAGGCUAAAGAAAGCCAGGAUGCCUGAUGCAAGAGCUGCAGCGGAGCAGGAGCUGAGGAUGACCCAGAGCGAGUUUGACCGACAAGCUGAGAUCACGCGCCUCCUGCUAGAGGGCGUCAGCAGCACCCAUGCACAUCACCUCCGCUGUUUGAAUGACUUUGUGGAAGCUCAGACGACUUAUUAUGCACAGUGUUACCAGUACAUGGUGGACCUCCAAAAGCAGCUCGGCAGCUUCCCGUCCUCCUUCUCCAACAACAACCAGUCGUCCAUGUCGGGCGGGGCCAGCAUCUCGGUGCCAACCAUAUCGGUUUCUGCCUCUCUGCCCAGCGUCUCUGCAGGCCGCGCCAGCUCCUCAGCGUCAGGCGGAUUCAGCGAGCUGCGGAGCUCCAACGGCAGCCGCAAGGCCAGAGUCCUUUACGACUAUGACGCUGCCAGCAGCAAUGAGCUCUCCCUGCUGGCUGACGAGGUCAUCACAGUCAGCAGCGUCCCGGGCAUGGAUUCAGACUGGCUGAUGGGGGAGCGAGGCAACCAGAAGGGCAAAGUGCCAAUCACCUACCUGGAGUUGCUCAACUGAAGCACACCUUCUGCCAUCCUGCACAACCAGCUAUGAUCCUGUAUUUAUGCCAUUCUGCAGGGACAGGCUUCACUUUCUAUCUCUUUUUUUAUGUUUCUUUUGUUUAAAAAAAAAACAAACUAAAAAAAAAAAAAAUCCAAAAAACAUGGAGUCUUUAAUGCUGCAGAGUGGAGCAAGAAUGAAUAUAAUUGAGUGACGGGUGAGCACAUGGAUGCUUUUUCCUCAUUACUUUACAGUAAAUUAGCUUUGAUGCCUUUGAGUUUGACGCCAUGCAAGCUGAAAUAUUUGGCAGAAGUCUUUGCAGUAACGUUUUAAGAUUUUGUUUACAAAAUACAUCUCAGAUGGUAACCUAAAUGCCCCCCAUCCUCCUGCUAAUAAGUCUAAGGGUAUAUAAGGAGGACAUCUCUUCAAUAGAGAAAACAGCACUUCAGUGUGAAGCAGUUUGAUGCUGGUUCUUUUAAGUCUUAUUUUAUAAUUAAUGAUCUCAUGGAGCAGUAACUAUUUUUAUUUCGACCGUAUUCUUUUUGUUGUGCCACAGAUGUAUUUGCAUGAAGCUUUAGUGAACUGUUGCUGUCCAUUAGAUGGCUCUAAUUUUACUCUCCACAUCUUCACCUUCAGUAUUGAGCUUUCUAGCUCAGUCUUUAGAUAUUCAAAACAAAUUUUCCAACCUUAUUGGAAAGCAUUUUUUUAUGUCAUGACCUAUGGACUGCGCUUAAAAAAAAUAAAUUCUGCCAUUAUUCUGCGGGGAAAAAAACAGUAACUGAUUUAUCUGGUUUUGAUCAGCUUGAUGUUAAAGAAAAUGCCUGCAGUUAAGAUAUUUUACCUCCUUGACACUUUACUAACUCAUCUUGAGUUCCAUCAACCUUGCAUUUCACUUUUACAUGAAAGACCUUCAAGAAUUGUAUUAUGUUACAUUUGAGGACAUUUCAAGUUUAUUAUGACAAAAUUCUGCUUUUGUAUUUUGUGUACCCGAUACAGUGGCUUGUGGUUGUAAAAUAAAUAUAAAAUGAGCUAUUAAA